CUCCACUGAGUUUAUCAAUAGUGUUUGAAAUUUUAAGUCAUGGCUGAUCGUGGUAGAGGCAGAGGUCGGGGCCGAGCAGGACGCGGAGGCGAUGGAGGAGCCCCACCGCCGCGUCGCCCGGGUGAACAGAUGCAGGCGGGUCCCGCGCCCCCGAGGCCGCAGCCGCCUUCAGCCUGGGGACCACCCACUGUGGCCCCUCCAGUGCGGGCUGGCAUGCCAAAACCUUCGGAUACAGCUGGUCGAGCUUCUCACCGUUCAACUCCAUCUACUCAUGCACACCCUGGAGAUAUCGACAUACAACAUGAAAUGCAAAAGCUUGAUUUGGGUAAACCAGAGCAUGGUGGUGGUGAUGCAGGCAUGGUAGUGGGUCGUGGAGCGCGCCGCGGCGGAGGCAGAGUCCUGCCUGAGCAGAUGACAAUAUUGCGCACUCGACCUGCUCAAAUAACAUCAAAGAAAGGUAGCACAGGGACACCUUUGGACCUGAUUGCAAACUACUUCACUGUGGAGACCACACCCCAGUGGUGCCUCUACCAGUACCAUGUUGAAUUUAACCCAGAGGAGGAUCGUACUUUUGUGCGCAAGUCCCUCUUGAAGAUACAUAUGGUUAAAUUUGGAGGGUAUCUCUUUGACGGAACCUCAAUGUACACAGCAAAGAAAUUGCCGCAAGACAAUAUGGAAUUCUACUCUGAGAGGAAGAAUGAUGGAGAAAAAAUUAGAAUUCUUGUAAAACUCAUCUGCGCUGUAAGCCCGGGAGAUUAUCACUACAUACAAAUCUUCAAUUUAACCAUUCGCAAAUGCUUCUAUUUGAUGAAUUUGCAAUUAAUGGGAAGGGAUUUCUUCGACCCAGACGCAAAGGUUGACAUACCAGAGUACAAGCUGCAAAUAUGGCCUGGAUAUAAAACAACAAUAAAUCAGUAUGAAGACAGGCUCCUGAUGGUGACUGAAAUUACACAUAAGAUCUUGCGUUUGGAUACAGUUCUACAAAUGUUACGUGAAUACGCAUCUACAAAAGGCGCGAACUAUAAAAGGAGCUUUGUUGAAGAUGUCAGUGGCCAAAUUGUAAUGACUGAUUACAACAAAAAGACCUACAGGGUAGAUGAUGUAGCAUGGAAUGAGAAUCCGAAGUCAACAUUUAAAAUGAAAGAUGAGACUAUUAGCUAUCUUGAUUAUUACAACAAGAAAUACAACAUCCGUAUAUCGGACCCGAACCAGCCGCUGCUCAUAUCGCGCUCCAAGCCGCGCGACAUUCGCGCCGGUAUGCCCGAGCUGGUGUACUUGAUACCAGAGCUGUGCAGGCAGACGGGGCUCUCUGAUGAGAUGCGGAACAACUUUCAACUUAUGCGCUCUCUAGCUAUCCACACUAAGAUCGGACCGGACGUGCGCAUACAGAAGCUAAUGCAGUUUAACAGGCGUUUGACGCAGACCAAGGAGGUUGUUCAGGAGCUCGGAUCCUGGUCCCUGAAGCUGUCAAAUGACCUGGUGCGCUUCAAGGGAAGACAAUUGCCGCCAGAGAACAUUGUCCAAGGUGGAAAUGCUAGAUACCGCGCCGGUGACACCACAGAAGGCUGGACAAAGGAUAUGAGAUCGAAACAUCUGCUAACAAUAGCGAGCGUACCAUCGUGGGUGGUGAUAACCCCGGGCCGGCAGCAACGCGACUCGGAAGGGUUCGUCGAGCUGAUUAUGAAGACUGGAGGCGGCUGUGGUUUCCGCUUGCCUAGACCGGAGAUUGUUACACUGCAAAGAGACUCGUCAGGCGAUUACGCUAACAUGUGCGAAAACGUGAUUGCCCGCAAGAACCCCGCCAUGAUGCUCAUUGUGUUGGCGAGGAACGCUGGAGACAAGUAUGAGGCAAUAAAGAAGAAAUGCACAGUAGACCGCGCGGUGCCCACUCAAGUGGUUUGCGCGAGGAACAUGACAAGCAAGUCGGCCAUGUCCAUCGCCACCAAGAUUGCCAUACAGAUGAACUGCAAGAUGGGCGGCGCACCAUGGACAGUAGACAUCCCACUACCAACUCUAAUGGUAGUUGGCUAUGACGUGUGCCACGACACGCGCUCGAAGGAGAAGAGUUUCGGCGCGUUCGUAGCGACGCUCGACCGGCAGAUGACGCAGUACUACUCUGCGGUGAACGCGCACACCUCGGGCGAGGAGCUGUCUGCGCACAUGGGCUUCAACAUUGCGAGCGCGGUCAAGAAGUAUAGGGAGAAGAAUGGUGUGCUACCGGGAUGCAUUUUUAUCUACCGUGACGGCGUUGGAGAUGGACAAAUUCCAUAUGUCUCUAGUCAUGAGGUAGCGGAAAUCAAAAAGAAGUUAACCGAAAUAUACGGCGGGCCGAACUUCAAGAUGACGUUCGUCAUAGUGUCGAAGCGUAUCAACACGCGCGUGUUCGUGGAGCGCGGCCGCUCGGGCGAGAACCCGCGCCCGGGGACUGUGAUUGAUGACGUUGUUACACUGCCCGAACGGUACGAUUUCUUCUUGGUGUCGCAGAAUGUGCGCGAAGGUACCAUUGCACCAACGUCAUACAACGUGAUCGAAGAUUCGUCUGGCUUGGAUCCUGACAGAAUCCAACGCCUCACAUACAAGCUGACGCACAUGUACUUCAACAACUCGACGCAAGUGCGCGUCCCGUCCGUUUGUCAGUACGCGCACAAACUCGCCUUCCUCGCGGCAAACAGUCUGCACGGACAACCGCAUUACUCGUUCAACGAAACUCUUUACUUUAUAUAAGUUAUAAGGACAUUUAAAGCAGAGCUUUACUUAUUUUUUUUUACCUUUUUUUCUAUUCAUUAGUUAAGUUACGCUGUUCCGUCGUGAUCGGCUUAUUCGGUCAUGAUUUUAAGUGGCUAAAGUAUUUUUAUGUUUAAGCAAAUGGUAACUGCAAAUUGAAAGUAUCUGAACGUAAAUCUCACUCAAAUUUCAAGUUAACUGUGCAUGUGUGUACAAUAAAAGACCCACCUAUAGUUAUCUACUUGGUAAGCGACUGCCAUGAUUAUUUUUAAGUUGGAUUAGAAUUUAAUUCUUUUUUUUAUUCAUUAAUUUUGCUCAUGGCGAUUCAGCCAGAAUUUUCAGUUUAUUUCUUUUUUUUUCUUAUUUAGAAAUAGGCAUAAAUACAAAUUAUGCAAGUCUUAGUGUUUGAUGUAAAGUGCAUUUAAAUGUAUCGUAGUUAGCAUUUAAAACUGUGAUACGGGUGUUUAAUGUAACAAGUCAAAUGAUACAUGUGAUAUCCAGUAUAUGGAUCUGUUGAGCUAUUUUUUCAUAAGAUAGUUAUUGACGGCAUUGUAAUAGAUUUAAGAAUUAGGCUAGGAAAAAAAAACAUUGUUUUGACUCAGUUUUUAAAUUUAUGACCUCUUUGGUCAAAUAUCCUACCAAUAAGCGAAGAAAGAUCCUAUUGUUACAUUUCUAUAGAUUUAAGGUUUUGUUACUAUUUUUUAAUAAAGAUUACUUUCGUAUUAAAA